AUGGAGACGGCUCAGCAAAAGAUCGAGAGGGCCAGAGCAAGGCGCGAGACUGGCCUCGCCAAAGUCGAGCCGAAGCUCGCGGGCCUGCCGGACCAGCUACCCCGCAACAGCCUGGAUCUGUCGAGCAGUAUUCUGACCGCGAGAGAAAUCGAGCUCACAGAAAAGUACGACGUCAUUGAGCUUUUGAGGAUUCUUAAAUCGAGGGAGGUCUCUGUGGAGGAAGUGACUAGAGCCUUUCUACGUCGUGCGGCCGUUGCGCACGCUGCCACGAAUUGUCUGGUGGAGUUGAUGUGGGAUCAGGCCAUUGCCCGGGCCAAGCACCUCGACGCGCUGCCUGAGCCAAACGGCGCUUUCUUUGGCCUGCCCAUCUCUACCAAGGAGCACCACGGCAUGGUCGGUGAGAAUAUCAUCACAACCGCCUCUGUAAUUGCAUGGGUCGACCGCAAGCAUGGCUCCAACGUACUGUACGACGAUCUCUGGGACGAGGGAUGUGUUUUCUACGCCCGAACCACUCAGCCACAAACCAUUAUGCACCUGGAAACCGUCAGCAACCUGUGGGGAAGAACUGACAACCCGUACAACCGAGACCUGACAGCAGGUGGAAGCAGCGGAGGAGAGUCUGCUUUGAUUGCUAUGCGCGGUAGUCUGUUGGGCAUUGGCGGUGACAUUGGUGGCAGCAUUCGUUGCCCUUCUGCUUUUGUUGGCAUUUAUGGAUUCAAGCCUUCGACGAAGCGUAUCACUGUUGCAGGUCAGAUCGGUCACAUGGCGGGGCGAGAGACCGUCUUCAGCACACCAGGGCCAAUGACGGUGGACCGCAAGGCGAUGGAGCUUCUCAUGAGAGUGAUCCUUUCUAAGCAGCCAUGGCGCAAGGACCCAUCCAUUGUCCCAAUGCCUUGGACCCCUCACAAGUUCAACAAGCCCCUCAAAAUCGCCGUGCAGUGGUGGGACGGCGUCGUCAAGCCUCAUCCUCCAGUCACCCGCGCGCUCAAGGAGGUUGUCGCCGCCUGCAAAAAAGCCGGCAUGCAAGUCGUGGACUGGAAUUGCGAGGGCUUAAAUCACAAGAAGAGCUGGGACAUCAUCUCGGCCUUGUAUUGGCCCGAUGGUGGUGAAGAGACAUUGGACUGUCUCAACGGCGCCGAAGACACAGUGCUCCCACUCACGAAAUGGGUCAUUCAGGAGCAGCCCAGUGUGAAGAACAUGACGCAAGCUGAUCUUUGGAAGCUGUGCUACGAGCGUGAUGCCUACCGUGCAUCAUAUGCCAAAACCUGGAAUGCGACCGCCGACAGCGAUGGCCAUGAAGUCGACGUAAUUCUCUGCCCUGCCAGCUUCGGAGCGGCCACCCCGCAUGAGAAAUCCAAGUACUGGGGUUACACUUCGCACUGGAAUAUGCUCGACUACCCGGGCGCCGUCUUCCCCGUCACUACGGUUGACGCUUCAAAGGAUGUCAAGGACUCGAGCUACAAGCCUGUCAAUGAGCAAGAUCAGUUCAUUCAGGACCUGUAUGACCCCGAAUUGUUUGCUGGAGCCCCGGUCGGUCUCCAGAUUGUCGGAAGACGGCUGCAAGAGGAAAAGGUCCUCGCUGCCUUGGAGCUGGUUGAGCAGGCCAUGGGCCGCCCAUAA